AUAAGUGGUAGCAAUGUCUUAUAUUUAGCUUGUUUUUGAAGAAUUUAAACUGGCGACUGUUGCAGUUUAUCAAUGUUUUUAUCUCCUGAGGAAACACCGAUAUUGUGGUUUGUGCCAAUCAAAGUCUGACUCUUGUCAUUGUGCCCUUUGUCUUAACCGGCGGGCUUUAAGUGAUGCACAGAUUAUUAUCAAUUUAGUCUAUUACAAGAUUUAUAAAGAACGUAAGACAUGCUUAAAACUGUUUAUAUAUUUAAAGCCAAUAUUGAAUAACGCAUGGACAAAAACCACUCCCGCAAUAGUGUUUAUGUCAUUUGAUGUUUUGAAUCAAGUGAGGACUUUUAAUUGCCAGUAAAAUGAUUCAAAUGUGUGAACAAAUCUCUUUUGGAAUAGUUUUGUUACUAGCGGAGAUUGGCGCAGUGACAUCUGGAUUCAAGUGCGAACAGUGUCGUGACGCUGACGUCUGUGAGACGGUAGUCGGAUCGCUUCGUCACACCGUCAUGGGCAAGGGAUAUAAUCCGGUUGUUGACAUUCCAAGAGGCGCCUGUAACAUCAAUGUCACGGAGGCGGACAAGUCAAACAAUGUACUAGCUUUAAAAGCCGGAAAUGUUUUUGUUAUCAACGGAAACUGGAAGACGGACGCCCCCGGCGACUACACAGCCGCCGAAACCAUUUUCCGCUACCGGAAGUCAGAACGCCCAUGUCCCGGCGAGUGUUUUAGGGCUGUAGGCCCUACACUUGGAAAAGUCAUAAUACAGUUGCUGUACCAUGAUCACAACCCCGGCGUGUAUUACAGCUACCAAGUGGCCCGUCACUUGAAACAUUUACCAGACGACCCGAACGUCAAAUCCGAGCUAAGGGAAGGAUCAAUCGGAUAUAAAGACCUUCCAGACGAGAAAUUUACCAUCAACGAGCCGGGAACCUUUCCAAUAUUCGUGCCAAUUCCAGGCGGACGAGGUAUCCAUCAUCGUGGACCUGUAUUUUCCUCGGACUUCACAUACAGGCGAAAACCUAACAACACAAGACGUCAGCGAAAUCGUAACAAACUCACUGGAGGAAGUAAUUCCCAGCGAAGGCAAUCGCUUACAGAUGUAACGUAUUCCCGUGGGGAGGGGGAGACUGUGCACCGUCUGCAUGGCGAAGGCAGUGUUCAUAUAUCCCCGGAGACAAGCACGCUGUACGGAGAGGUGGUCGAGGGCUCGGGGGAUGGGCUAGUGUCGGUGCUUGAUCAGCACAGCUGGCGACUGAAGGGCUACACAGAGUGCACUCGGCCAUGCGGCGGAGGCAUGCAGGAAACAGUAUAUGACUGUGUGGACACGUAUACGCUUCAUGAAGUGGAUGCAGGGCUCUGUGGGGAGGCGGCCGUCCGACCGGAAAAUAGGCACAGGGUCUGCAAUGCUGAACCUUGCACUCCCAGCUGGUACACGGAUCCCUGGUCUCCAUGCAGCGUGACGUGUGGGCAGGGACAGAGAACACGUGUAGUCACCUGUCAGCAGCGCAUCUCCGCCACCGACUCACAGAUCAUUGCUGAAUCGUACUGCAGCAGCCGAAAACCAGCUACCAGCCGGGACUGCUUCCGGCGCUCCUGCUAUCAGUGGUGGACAGGAGUAUGGGGAGAAUGUACGGCAGACUGUGGUUUGGGUUCGCGGGUCCGGACGGUCGAAUGUCGAAACGAAGUUUCGGAGGUUUCGGACCGGCAACUGUGUGGCACGGGGGAGCCAGCGAGCAAGGAGGCGUGUGGAAGCGGAACUUGCACCGGCACCAAGUGGUUCUUUACAGAUUGGACAUCCUCGUGUUCUGCUGAGUGUGGUGGUGGCGUGGAGACGAGGAGCAUUCACUGCGCCACAGACGGAGGCCACUUUCUGCCGGACCACCUGUGCACAACCCCUGCCCGCCCCGCUGCCGAGCGCCCAUGUAAGCAAACAUCGUGUGGAGGACAGUGGUUCACAGGGCCAUGGAGUAAGCAGUGCUCCCAAACAUGUGGUACUGGAGUGAAGUCCCGUGCAGUGAUCUGCAUGAGGCGGCACGGCGGAGGUCAGGUGAUAGCGGACGCUUCGGAGUGUCACUUGGAGGAACGUCCUAAGGAGGCCAAGCCAUGCAGAGAGGUGGAGUGCGGAAAUGUCUGGUUUAAAACAGACUGGUCCGAGUGCUCGAAACCUUGUGGAGGCGGUCUACAACAGAGGGCGGUGCGGUGUAUGGCUGAGGACGAAGCCACCACCGGCACGUGCGCGGAUAGGGACCGACCCCGGGAGUCCCAGGUUUGCAACACUCAGCCAUGCUCAUCCUGGUCCACGCAAGAUCUACACCGAGGCGGUUGCCGCGACCGGUACCCUAAUUGCGGGGUGGUGGUGGAGGCAAACCUCUGUCGCUACCCAUACUACCAGCGGAAGUGCUGUCGCGCAUGUGCAGGCACGAGAACUGUGGGCAGAGACGCCUAAGAUAUCACCAUCAUAUGGAUUUUAUCAUGACUGUCAAUAUCACUUUUAAGUGUUUACGAACUCCUCGUUUGGCAUAGCUAUGUAUUUACUGGCAUCUUUCAAUAAUGUAUAUAUAUAUAUAUUUUUUGAGAGUGACAUUGCAAUCUCUGCGUGUAUGUUAGAGUUCAGUUUCAUAAUUACUGUUAUAGCUUUAGAUUCUUUGUAUUUAUGAUCUCUUACAUUUCGUGAAGCCUUAAAAUGGGAAUGUGUCUAUGUUGUGUUUGUAUUCAUGUAUUCUGUGAGGAUUCUGUAUUCCGUCAAGUUACUGCCUCGCACAGGCAAGAACAUAUGCGAGUAAUCCGGGCCGGUUAACUCUGUUGGUAGAGCACGGGGUCCCGGGUGUGAUCCCCAGUCAGGUUGCAAACUUUUCUGAGGCUUUGUCAAUAUGUACAUCAUUGGUAAACAGGUCAUUUGUAAAGAAAUGCAUGAUCAUGGUGUUUCAUUUUUAUGGUUUUACUUAUAUUUUUAGUUUCAUUUUGUACACAGGUAUUGUGCAAGUUUUAUUUUGUAAUUUUAUAUGUUUAUAUUUUGUUCAUGGAAAAUAAACUCAAGAUAACACUGUUGUUAUCUAACGAACCAAA